CAGCGAGCCGCGCCGAACCGAGCCGAGCCGAGGCUUGUUCACCGCCGGGCUUUUGAGCAGCUGGGCACCACCUGCACGAGGCCAAGAUGUUUGGGGGAAAAAUGAGCAGCGUUGGGAGGAAGCUGAUCCGCCGGCGCGUGGUGGAUCUGAGCUCCGAGGAGACGCGUUUCGCCCGCUGCCUCUCCACGCUGGACCUCAUCGCACUGGGAGUGGGCAGCACGCUGGGCGCCGGCGUCUACGUGCUGGCCGGGGAGGUGGCCAAGGACAUGGCUGGCCCCUCCAUCGUCCUCUGCUUCCUGGUGGCCGCGCUCUCCUCCGUGCUGGCCGGGCUCUGCUAUGCCGAGUUCGGGGCGCGGGUCCCCAAGACGGGCUCUGCGUACCUCUACAGCUACGUGACCGUGGGCGAGAUCUGGGCCUUCACCACCGGCUGGAACCUCAUCCUCUCCUAUGUGAUAGGCACGGCCAGCGUGGCCCGUUCAUGGAGCUCGUCCUUCGACAACAUCAUCGGCAACCACAUCUCCACCUUCUUCGCGAACAAGACCACGCUGCACGUGCCGGGGGUGCUGGCCGAGCGCCCUGACUUCUUCGCCGUCAUCCUCAUCGGGCUGCUCACGGCACUGCUGGCGUUCGGCGUCAGCGAGUCGGCCCUGGUGAACAAGAUCUUCACGGCGGUCAACCUGAUGGUGCUCGGCUUCGUCAUCAUCGCCGGCUUCGUGAAGGGCGACGUCAAGAACUGGCAGCUCACCGAGGAGGACUACGCCAACAGCUCGUGCUGCGGCGCCUCGGGGGACACCAGGAAAGGGGCCUUCGGCUCAGGUGGCUUCCUCCCCUUUGGCCUGGAGGGGGUCCUCACGGGCGCUGCCACCUGCUUCUACGCCUUCGUGGGCUUCGACUGCAUCGCCACGACGGGGGAGGAGGCCCGGAACCCGCAGCGCUCCAUCCCCAUCGGCAUCAUCGUGUCCCUCCUCAUCUGCUUCGUGGCCUAUUUCGGCGUCUCGGCCGCGCUCACCCUCAUGGUGCCCUAUUUCCUCCUCAACAAGGACAGCCCGCUGCCCGAGGCCUUCAAGGAGGUGGGCUGGGAGCCGGCGCGCUAUGCCGUGGCCGUGGGCUCGCUCUGCGCGCUCUCCACCAGCUUGCUGGGCUCCAUGUUCCCCAUGCCCCGCGUCAUCUACGCCAUGGCGGAGGAUGGGCUGCUCUUCAAGUUCCUCGCCAGCAUCAACAGCCGCACCAAGACGCCCCUUUCGGCCACCAUCGCCUCGGGCGUCCUUGCCGCCGUCAUGGCCUUCCUACUCAACCUGAAGGACCUGGUGGACCUCAUGUCCAUCGGCACGCUGCUCGCCUACUCGCUGGUGGCCGUGUGCGUGCUCAUCCUGCGGUACCAGCCCGGGCAGCUGAGCUCGCCCAAGGCCAUGGAGAUGCUGGAGCUGAACGGGAAUGAGGAGGAGAGGGCCGUCAUGAACCCGGCCGGCGCGGGAAGCAAGCAGGAGGAGAAGCUGUCCCUGGGGAUGCUCUUCAGGCCGCCCGCGGACACCCCCACGGCGCUCUCGGGGCGCAUCGUCUAUGCGUGCGUCUCGGCCCUGGCUGUGCUGGUCACCGUCAUCUGCGUGUUGGUGACGCUCAAGGUGGGCGCGCUGAAGGCUGCCAGCGCGGGCUGGCUCGUGGCCCUCGCGCUGCUGCUCGUCGCACUCUUCGUCCCCACCGUCAUCAUUUGGAGGCAGCCGCAGAGCAACACGCGGCUGAACUUCAAGGUCCCUUUCCUCCCGCUCCUGCCACUCUUCAGCAUCUUCGUUAACGUGCUGCUCAUGGUGCAGCUGAGCGCCCGCACCUGGAUGCGCUUUGCCGUGUGGAUGGCCGUGGGUUUCAUGAUUUACUUUGGCUACGGGAUUCGGAACAGCGUGGAGGGGAAGAGCGCGAGGGAGCCCCAGGAUGCGGGAGAAAAGCCCCUGCACCACCCCGGUUUGGAGCCGGGCCCCGGCGCUGCUGCCGUCUGA